AUGUACAGGAUACUCUCAUUAAUUUUUUAUCUCAUUGUAAAUAUCAGAUUCUUAUUAUCGCUGGAUAUUUCAAAGCCACAGGAUAAUAGUGAGCUUAGAAAACCAAUUAUUAUAAAAGCUCCAGAUGACGUCAUCACAACUGAGAGUGUUCUUGAAUUCACUUGUAAAGCUCAAGGGAAUCCAACGCCUCUAAUUAUUUGGUAUAAUGCAAGUACUGGUGAGCCUUUGAUAGACAGAUUUCAGACAUCUGGUCAUCAAACAAGCAUACAUAUGAAUAAACACCAAGGCAAUUUGAUGAUUUCUAAUCCAGCUCCAAGAAAAUCUUACUUUGUUUAUUGUAAUGCAACAAAUUCUGUAGGUUGGGUAACAAGUUGGCCACCAGUUCUAGGAGCUAUAGCAUAUCUCGACUCUGAAUUCCCUUUAAAUCCGACUGAUAUUGAAGCAGAUCAAGGAGCCAGUGUAACAUUUGACUGCACUCCUCCACAGGGAUUUCCAAAGCCUAUGAUAUUUUGGAUCAAGGAUAAUCAAACUAUUAUUGAGGCGAAUAAAUCACAAAGCUCUCAUUUAUCAAAUAUUCGAAUAAUGCUAGACGGUAAGCUUAGAAUACAUCCAGUAAGUAUUAAAGACACUGGAAAUUAUGUUUGCGCAGCAUCAAAUCUGAUUGGCAAACGACUGUCCCGUUCUGCACGUUUACAAGUGAAAUCACAUGAUUAUAUUAAAAGAGGAGCAAAGCACAUCCGAGCAAGACAAGGUGAACAAGUUAAGUUGGUUUGUCCAUCCAUCAUUACCGAUAAGCCGAUAAAGUGGAGACGGAAAUCAAAAGAUUCUGUGAUUGCUUCAGAUAGAAUUGAACAGAGAAAAACUUACCUAAUCAUCAGUCACGCAAGAUAUACUGAUUCUGAUGUUUAUAUAUGCACAGCGCAAAAUGGAGAUGAAGUCGAGAUACGUUUAACAGUUGAAACACCGCCAAUAUUCCUGAAAUCACCAAGCGAUUUGAAUUUAAAUGUAGGUGAGAAGGCUGUUUUUCUCUGUUCUGUGGAUGGAAUUCCUAAGCCGAGUAUUUACUGGGAAUUGCCGGACAAAAGUCCUAUUUUCCCAUCAGACAAUUUGCUUGAAAAACAAACAUCAAAUAAAUAUCGCGUUUAUAAUAAUGGAACAUUGGAAAUAAAUUCGAUUACAUUACAAGAUGCUGGUAAAUACCACUGUAUUGCACAUUCCUCGGUUGAUAUGGUGCAGACGAGUGCAGUGUUAAGAGUUAAACAAGCUAAAUCGGAUGAGACAUCGUCUAGCGCAUCGAAAGCAGUAAGAUAUGUUCCACCGUAUAUUGGAUUACCUCCAUCGAAUAAAACUCAGGUAGUUGGAAAGUCUGUUCUGAUUGACUGUGAAAUACCUCGUUUUGUUAAAAUAGUUUAUUCACAUAAACUGAAAGAUGAUAAACAUCUUGGUCAGGAUAACGCGGAUACAUUUAGUCUUCAAUCAACUGAACAUUGGGAAGUAAGCUGGAAACGUUCUUCACUAUCGAAUGCUAACAUGAAUCAGCUUACUAAUGGAGUUAUUCACCGGAAUAGUUCGAGAUUUAAAAUUCUUCAGAGUGGAAGUUUACAAAUAAAUGAUUUGCAGAUUAAUGAUUCUGGUGUGUACACUUGUCUAGUCAAAGAUGAUACACAUGCUAUAAAUGAGGCUACAAUCCAUUUGACUGUAUUAUUUUCUAAACCGAAAGAAGGUAUUUCGGAUUAUCUGCAAGAAUAUCCUCUUUCUGCUCCAAAUAAUCUUCAAGUAAUGAAUACAACAGAGCAAAGUGUUACAUUAACUUGGAAUCCUCCAUUUUUAUAUGCUACAGGAAGUCAUAGUAGAUCUAUUUUACCUAUGAAUUAUUGGAUUGAACUUUAUACACCUGAUCGACCCAAUGAUGGAUGGAUUGUAAUUGAACGUAGUUGGCCGGUUAAUUUGAUUACCUUAAAUGGUCUUAGUGUUAACAUUCCUUAUUAUAUUAUAAUUCGUGCUAAGUUAGGUCAGGGUCGUGUAGGCUGGGCAAGUGAUCCAUUUGGACCUAUAUACACGGAAACAUUAAAUAAUUAUGCUGAGAAUAGUUCAAAAAGUGAUAAUCUUACCGUCGAUGAGUUUAUUUUAAAACCUGUGGAAUUAAAAAAUGUCCAACUGACGGUCUUGUCAUCUAAAAGCAUUCAUGUCAGUUGGAAUGUGUAUGAAGAAGCUUCAGUCUUAUCAAGGAUAAGUGGAUACAUCAUCUACUAUCGCAGUGUGGAACAUGUAAGAUGUUUGAAUGACAAGUAUUCACAAAUCAGCCUAAGUGAUAAGAACUUCAUAAAUAAUUAUUGUAGCCUAAAUCCUGAAAACUAUCAUAAAUCUGCAAGUGUCAGUGAAGUUUAUAAACGUCUGGAGUUGAUGAGACAAAUCUGUCAAGAAGAACAAGAAAGUAAUACUACGGAUUCUGUUACUUCACUGCCCGGAGUUAUUUCAACCGUGACUAUCGAUGCAAAUUAUGUGAAAAGUGAGUUAGAUAAGCAUUCACAACGUAUAAAUCAUAAGAUCACUUCCUUAUUAACAGAACUUAGACCAUUUCGGUGUUAUGAAGUUGGUAUCAGAGCAUUCAGUGGCAAAAUAUCCGUGAACUACUUAGAAACUAGUGAUAUCUUUACACAUACAGCACUCACCUAUGAAACAAGUCCAGCGUCUCCUCCAAGAAAUAUAUUCGCCGGUUGGUUAUUCAGUGAAAGUUUAGAGGUAGGAUGGACAGCACCACGUGUGUCCGACUGGAAUGGUAUUAUUCUUGGAUACAUUGUUUAUAUUCAUGAUGAAGUCUUGAAAACAUACCACAGUGUAAAUGUGACUUCAGGAAGUAGAAAGGUAGCGAUUAGUUUAAAUUCGCUACCGAAAUCAUUCAGUAUUCAGAUAGCUGCUUACACAUGCAUGGGUAUUGGCAUCAGAAGUGAUUUGCUAAAAAUCGAUACAAUUCAAGGUAUUAAUUUACAAAAGAACAGAGAAUUGUCAACAGGUAGAACUACUGAAGACCUGAAGAAACCAUCAGUCUCAUUUUUAACAGAAUAUUCAGUGAAAGAUGAACAACUAAUCAGUCAACCUUGGUUCAUUAGCGCUGUAGUUAGCAGUCUUCUAGCCUGGUGCAUUAUAUUUGGGAUAUGUGUUGUGUGUUGGAUACGUCGUAAUAAAUUUUGUAAGAAACGCCUUACAUAUCAAAUAUCACAAUCCAAUUUCCAACAUGAUUCGCCUUCAAAAAAUAAAGAUUGCAAGUCGAAGGUGAAUAGCAUGAAUGAAAUAACAAAGGGUAGUGCAGUACAACACAACGGAUAUUUAAAUAAUCAGAUGGGUAAUGGUUCUUUGACAAUAAGUGUAAGCUCUGGUGAUCAGACAUUGGACAUGAAAAUGCAACCGCAUGUUUCAUACUUACCUAUUAGACAAUCAUCAGAGAAUAUAUCCAAUGGCAGUUCAUUAAACGGCUGUGGUCUCCAAUGUUUUCAGUAUUCUAAUGAACCUCGAAUCAAUCCAUCUAAAUCACAAUUAAAGUCUGGUAGAUUUCCUACAAACCAUAACAUAGCAUCAAAUCCUGCAAAUAACAACUCUAAUAUACCUCAAGGAUAUCACACAUUCACUAGGCGUUUAAAUCCACAUACACAAACUAAUAGCGGUUUUUUCAUCAAUGACACACAAGAUCUUGUACAAACAAAUUCAUCACACGUUACCUCAGCUUCUCAAACUAGCUCAGAACCAUUUGAUUCAGCAAUUUAUUUGGAACAACUGCCAAAUAGACAACAUUUUAAUGAAUCUCCAGGUCCACUUUUAACACCACCAACAUCAAUGACAGCAGUCAAUGGUGAUUAUUGUAAUGAACAGGGAUAUACACCUGUGGUGACACCCUAUGCAACAGCCUCUAUUAUUCCUAAUCAUAAUCGUGAUGCAAUCAUAAAUUCAUCUAGAAGGCAAGUCCAGUUAAAUGAUAACAUACAACAAAAUGACACUAUUAGUUCAUCAGAUUUAUAUUCACAGAAUAUGUACAUAACAUGUGUGGAUCUGCCUAACUGUCAAAGACAACAAAUGUUACACGCCCUAACGGUAUUGGACAGUAAAACAUAA